CCAUAUGCUUGAUUAUUACUCCUUGCUGUGGCAUGAUUUUGAAAUAAGUCUAUUUUUAUUAUAUUCUCUGAUGUCAGUAAUGAUUACUUUACACUUCUCCUUUUCAAAGAUAAAGCAAGCUUGUGACGAUGAAAUGUUGAGGGAGAUACUUGUCAGCGAUGAUAUGAUUGAAAUGCUAUCAGAGGCUGGAUACACUGGUGUACCACAUAAAGAGACAGUGCAUACUGUUUCCAAAAUUGCUCAGUCAAUUUGCGUAAUGGGCCACUUUUCAUCAGUUCUUCCUCAAAUUAUGCAAUUGCUUGAAGGCCUCAGCAGUUGUGGUCUUAUAAAUUAUAUGAUAGAAAAUCCAGAGUUGUGGAAGCCAUUGUUCGAUCCUUAUAACGAUUCGUUUAAACUUUCUGCUGAUACUUUCCUCAAUGAAAUUAUUCCAACAUUCAGCAGUUCGCAGAUUCACAAGGAAAAGGAGGUUGACGUGUACAAGAUAUUUUGCGACUAUGUGCAAACCCUAGAUACUGAAGGAGACGUAUCCAUAUCAGCGUUUCUGAAGUGGUUAUCGGGAUGUAAGACUAUUCCAGUUCUGGGUUUUCCAAAAAAAUUUUCCGUAACGUUUGUACAUGAUUGCAAAGAAAAUUGUAAAUGUCGCCCCACAACAUCAACAUGCGAUCUUCUGCUGAGAAUUCCAGUUCAUAUAAGUAACAUUAGUGAGAUGGAGCAGAUGACACAAAUAUAAUACG